UGAAUGAAAGCACACGCGUUCAGUUCCUGCUCACCUUUCUGAAUAAACUAGUGAACCAUCCAAGGGAAUGAAUGGAUAAGGGCCCUCCUGCCGUCCAACCCGGCCCCAGCCAGGUGGAUUUGCCGACGCUGUCUGUGUUCUCUGCCCGGCAGGAUGCUCGAGGGCCCAGUGCCAGAGGAGUCGGAGCGGGGCUCCGAGGCGCCAUGCGCGGGGUCCUGCCACGCGCAACGCGUCCUGCAGACCCUCAAUGCAUACCGGCGGAGCAGCACCCUCACCGACGUGGUGCUGCGCACCGGUGGCCGCGACUUCCCAUGUCACCGCGCCGCGCUUAGCGCGGGCAGCGCCUACUUCCACAGCCUGUUUGCGAACGGGCGGCCGGAGGGGGAACUGUCCGUGGUGCCCGUGGUGCCAGAGGUGUUAGGCAUGGGUCCGGCAGGGGCAGGGGCAGCGGCAGCGCUGGCCGUGGUGCUCGACUACGUGUAUGGCGCGGGCGUGCGGCUGCGCACCGAGGAGGAGGCGGCCGCAGUGUUGGCGCUGGCCGAGCGGCUGGGUGUGGCGGGCCUGCGCGAAGCCUGCACGCGCUUUCUCGAGGGCCGACUGCGCGCCGCCAACAGCCUGGCGCUGCGCCGCGUAGCCGCUGCCUUCUCACUCUCCUCGCUGGCGGAGCGCUGUGGCCGCGUGCUGCGCCAGGCCUUCGCCGAGGUGGCGUGCCACGCCGACUUCCUGGAGCUGGCGCCCGACGAGGUGGCGGCGUUGCUGGCUGACCCGGCGCUGGGCGUGGUGCGCGAGGAGGCUGUGUUCGAGGCGGCCAUGCGCUGGGUGCGCCACGACACGCCUGCCCGCCGUGGACAGCUGCGGCGCCUGCUGGAGCACGUGCGCUUGCCCCUGCUGGCGCCUGCCUACUUCCUGGAGAAAGUGGAGGCUGACGAGCUGCUGCAGGCCUGUGGCGAGUGCCGCCCGCUGCUGCUCGAAGCCCGAGCCUGCUUCAUUCUGGGCCGCGAGGCCGGCGUGCUGAGGGCCCGGCCGCGGAGAUUCAUGGACCUAGCUGAAGUGAUCGUGGUCAUUGGCGGUUGCGACCGCAAAGGGCUCCUGAAGCUUCCCUUCGCUGACAUCUACCAUCCAGAAAGCCAGCGCUGGACCCCGCUGCCCAGCUUGCCGGGAUACACGCGCUCAGAGUUCGCAACCUGUACUCUCCGCAAUGAUGUCUAUGUCUCUGGAGGUCACAUCAACAGCCGUGAUGUGUGGAUGUUUAGCUCGCAUCUGCAUACCUGGAUCAAGGUGGCCUCACUGCACAAGGGCAGGUGGAGGCACAAGAUGGCGGUCAUGCAGGGGCAGCUGUUCGCAGUGGGCGGCUUCGACGGCCUGCGGCGCCUGCGCAGCGUGGAACGCUAUGACCCCUUUUCCAACACCUGGGCGGCAGUCGCACCACUCCCAGAGGGGGUGAGCUCCGCCGCCGUGGCGCCCUGCGUGGGCCGGCUCUACGUGAUCGGGGGCGCCAAGCAGGACGGCGUCAGCACCAAUAAGGUGCAGUGCUUUGACCCCAAGGAGGACCGGUGGAGCCUGCGGUCACCAGCACCCUUCUCACAGCGAUGCCUCGAGGCUGUCUCCCUGAAUGACAGCAUCUAUGUGGUCGGGGGCCUCAUGCGCAAAAUCUUCACCUACGACCCUGGCACAGAUGUCUGGGGGGAGGCAGCUGUCCUCCCCAGCCCUGUGGAGAGCUGCGGCGUGACUGUGUGUGACGGGAAAGUCCACAUCCUUGGUGGGCGGGAUGAUCACGGGGAAAGCACCGACAAGGUCUUCACCUUUGACCCCAGCAGUGGGCAGGUAGAGGCCCAGCCACCUCUGCAGCGCUGCAUCAGCUCCCAUGGCUGCGUCACCAUCAUCCAGAGCCUGGGCAGGUGACUCAUACCUGAGCCAGGAGGUGGGGAGGGGAGAAUUCAGGCUCACCACUGCUCCCCUCAUGGCACCUCCAUGUAAAGAGCCUCUUAACUUACUGCCCUUUUUCUCGUAGAAAUAAAAACCUUCAAAGGUUGGGUCUGUGUUCCAGCUUGAGCCUCCUUAGCUAAGAGAAGUGAUACCCAAUACCUGCUCCUUGUUUUGACUCUUUACAAAGCACCUUCAUAUAUGGUUACCUCAUUUACCUUCAUAAUAG